AUGUCCAAUAUCGAAAGUCCAGGCGAAGCACCGGGUCGGGGCCGCCCCGCCACGAAAGCUCCGAAGGGGCCGAAAUCUUCAAAGCAUAAGAAAAUCCGAUAUGUCCCUAUGGAGGGCGUGGAGGGCAUGGAAGACAUCCAGCUCUACAACGAGGGCGGCUAUCAUCCCAUUCAUAUCGGCGAGAUACUCCACCGCAGGUGGAAAGUUGUCCACAAGCUUGGCCAUGGUGGGUUCGCCACCGUGUGGCUUUGCUGGGAAAUAAAGACUCCGAAAUGGAAAGCUGUGAAGGUCAUGACCGCAGACCAUUCAGCUGACGAAAAUGAUCUGACCAUGAUCAAGUUCAUGACUGGCGGCCAGUCCCAGCAGACCAUGUUGGCUCAAAGUCACCUCGACGUUGACAUUUCUGGGUUCUGGUUAGAUGGACCGAAUGGACGACAUCUAUGCUUCAUGUCCGACGUUCAUGGCUGCGCGGUCACGACAUGGUCAUCAACCCAAGAUUCGACAAAGCAAAGUACAGCCGCAGCUAUAACCAGCGUUUGCCACCAGGUCGCAAAGAGCGUUCGAUUCCUACACGACAGAGGGAUCUGUCACGGCGACCUCAAGCCAGCAAAUAUCUUGAUGAGAUUACAAGGCAUCGAAAAACUCAGCAAAGCGGAGCUAUUACGACUAACGGGAAAGCCUCAACAAGUCAACACCCAAACUGUAUCGGGCAAGAGUCCCAAGGGCCACGCCCCCGAAUACUUGGUGGAGAAACUGCCUUCCGAGUGGUGCCAGGACCUGGUGACACCGUCGGUUGCCAUCAUUGAUUUUGGACACGCCUUCAGGGUGGGCUUCCCUUCCAAGACAGCUACAACUGCAACUCCCUAUGCGGCACCAGAGGUUAUGCUUGAAGAUGCCCCGGGUUCCGCGAGCGAUAUCUGGUCCCUAGCAUGCACUAUCUAUGAGAUCAAGACCAACCGCACACUGUUUGAGUCUUCCAAGGGAGAAGGUGUGCGGGAUACGCUGGACGAGAUUACCCGCUAUCUUGGUCCACUACCAGAAGCGUACCGCACGUCAGAACAGACCAACCACGUAUCUUCAACGCAAGCGAUUGCCAGCAGAGAGACCUUCGAAGAGACCCUAGGAUCCGAACGACAGAUCCUUCGGUCCGUACCAAACUAUGAGCGCCUGCCUCCGAACGAGCAGUUUCAGACAAUCACGUACCGAUAUCCGCAGGAGGAAGUACCGAAACUCGCAGACCUCCUCAAAAGCAUGCUGAAGUAUAAUCCAGCCGAGCGGACCAGCAGCGAGCAAGUCUGCAACCAUCCCUGGUUCGGCGUCUACAACAAGCACAGCAUGUACAACAAGCUACCCAGGCUGAUGGCAAACAUUCUGUUCUGGCUGCUGGUUAUCGUGGCCCUUGCUAUGGUAUGGCCUGGGACGAAACCGGCGAUAUACUCCGCCGCACGCAGUAUGUAUCAUGUAUUCCAGCCACAAGGGGAGUCCUGCCCAAAAGUGGUGACAUUGAACAUCGUGGCGCCUUCACAAGGCCCCUUUGACUACUCCCAAGUUUUACAACUCGGAGGGAGCAGCAUUUGA